AUGACCAACCCUCAAAGCAGACCCACCAGUUUCAGAACUGUCGUGCUCAACCUGAAAAAGAACCAGUCUCACCGCAUGUGCGACAUCCUGAAAAAUCCAACUGUUGCCACUCUACCUUUGGAACCCCAAGUCAUAAGGGAAGAGACUCAAUCUUCAACUGCAGAUCGCAGCUCUUCCCCUACUGCUGAAGUUAUGACACAUGAUGCUCUUCUGGACACUGGGGCAGACAUAACACUAAUGUCUGCCACACUGUUUGAGAAACUGCGAUCAGUGGCAAAUCGGGCCGGCAGAGAUCUUAUCCUCCAACCAUGUGCCUUAGAUGUGAAGCCGUACACCCUCGAUGAAACCACUCUGUCCAGACUACCUGAUCUCAGCAGGUCUUGGUUAAAGAGUUCAGGCUCUACUGUGGGCUCGGUGUACUUACCUUCCUCUCUUACAGUGGGUCUAACUCAUGCUGAACAGAGGUGGGCCAGCAGAGUCCAGUUCACAUUCUACACCAAAAAUUCAUUAUUUAAGGAUGCAUCUUUAGACAACCAAACAGUUGUCAGUCCAGUUCUGGGGUCCAGCGUGUCCAACCUCUCAAUUAGCAAUCUAAGGGAAAACAUCAAGUUCACAAUCAGAAACAACAUUCCUGUAAAAGCAAGCAACAGAUCCUGUGUAUUCUGGGAUUUCUCCUUGAACAGGGGCAGAGGAGGCUGGAGAUCUGACGGAUGCUUUGUUGUCAGCGCCACUCCUGAGUACACAAACUGCAGCUGCAACCACCUGACGUCUUUUGCAAUUCUUCUGGAUUUGUCCAGGCAUGAAGUAGAUGAUCAAAAGCAAGAACAAAUUUUGACUUUCAUCACCUACGUUGGCUGUGGAAUUUCUUGUAUUUUUCUAGCUUUGACCCUGGUGACAUAUCUCUUAUUUAAAAAGCUGCUCAGAGAUAUUCCAGCUAAGAUCCUGGUCCAGCUCUGCAUGUCCAUCCUCCUCCUCAACCUGGUCUUCCUGAUGAAUGGAUGGCUGUCCACAUACUCAUCUGUGGGUCUGUGUAUCAGCACCGCCUUCUUCCUGCACUACUUCCUGUUGACAACAUUCACCUGGGCGGGGCUUGAGGCCUUGCACAUGUACCUGAGCAUUGUGCGAGUGUUCACACCUUACCUGAGCAGAUACAUGCUGAAGUUCUCACUGAUGGGCUGGGGUAUUCCUCUGAUUGUGGUGAUCGUUGUCAUAGCGGUGGAUAAGAACAAUUAUGGAUUGGUUACAUAUGCAAGAUACAUUGAUGGAACGACCGAUGACUUCUGCUGGCUGCGUGACGACAUUGCCUUCUACGUGGGUGUGGUCGCCUACUUCCUCAUGGUCUUUGUUCUGUGUCUGGUGGUCUUCAUUGUUGUUAUGGUUCAGCUGAACAGAAUUAAGAAACAGAAUCCUCACAACUACACUCCAAAGAGGGGCUUGGUCACAGACAUGCGCAGCAUCAUCAGUCUAGUGAUCCUGCUCGGCCUCACCUGGGGGUUUGCACUGUUUGCCUGGGGGGACCUCUAUCUACCCUUUGUUUAUCUUUUCUCCAUAUUUAACUCUCUGCAAGGUUUCUUUGUCUUUGUUUUUCACUGCGCUGUAAAGGAAAAUGUUCGCAGGCAGUGGAGAACAUACCUCUGUUGUGGAAAGCUGCGACUAGCUGAAAACUCAGACUGGAGUCGAAUUGCUACUCAGAAUAAGAAUUCAUCAGCUCUCAAUAUCUCAGAUCCCCACUUCAUCUAUCAGAACUCCGCCGUUGUGAGCUUCGCCUCCAACAAUAACAGCUCUAUAUUUUGGGACAGUGGACUGUCUGACCACUCCAACAGCGAUGUAAUCCUCAAUGAGAUUCACCGGCAACAUCUGUUCCAGCAAGGCAAAACCUGA